GCGUCGAUAAACAGCAAUGGUGAGCUGCAGUUGAGAGCGCUAGUAGUCAGUCAGCUUUUCGCUUCGUCGUCUCCGGUUGCACAGGUUCGGACGGAAACCCGACGCCUAAAUUACGUCGUAAUUGUUGCAUUUUUAAUUUCGAAGAACUCACGAGAUAUGUUCCGCAUUCUCGUAACGGUCAUCGCACUCUUCGUGCUGACCGACGCAAAGCUUCAGAGGAUCCAAUUACAUAAAACAGAAUCUGUUCGAAGCACUCUGCAGAAAGUAGGCACUGAUGUGCAGCAAGUUCGUAUGUAUGGAGUUACUACUCCUACACCAGAACCUUUGUCUAACUACCUGGAUGCUCAAUACUUUGGCGAAAUCAGUAUUGGAACUCCACCACAAAAAUUUAAGGUGAUUUUUGAUACAGGUUCUUCAAAUCUCUGGGUACCAUCUAAAAAGUGCAAGAUUACUAAUAUUGCUUGCUUGCUGCAUAACAAGUAUGACAGCAGAAAAUCUAGCACGUACCAGAAGAAUGGUACUGACUUCUCUAUUCGUUAUGGAACUGGUAGUCUGUCUGGUUUCUUAUCUACUGAUGUGGUGAAUAUUGGUGGGUUGAAUGUCCAAACUCAAACAUUCGCGGAAGCUGUCAGGGAACCAGGUUUAACCUUUGUCGCUGCGAAAUUCGAUGGUAUAUUAGGAAUGGGUUACUCCACAAUAUCCGUCGAUGGAGUGACACCUGUCUUCUAUAAUAUGGUGAAACAAGAGUUAGUGCCGAAACCUGUUUUCAGUUUUUACCUCAAUCGCGACCCUAAGGCCGAAGUGGGCGGUGAAAUGUUGUUAGGUGGUUCUGAUCCUGAUCAUUACGAAGGCGAGUUCACGUAUGUUCCCGUUAGCCGUAAAGGAUACUGGCAAUUCGGCAUGGAUAGCAUCGAAAUAAAUGGUCACACUCUGUGUGCGUCCGGUUGUCAGGCUAUCGCUGACACUGGCACCUCUUUGAUAGCUGGACCAGUUGAGGAAGUCGCAAAUAUUAACAGUGCGAUCGGAGCUACCAGUAUUAUAGGUGGAGCGUCAAUAGUGGACUGCAGUUUGAUUGAACAAUUGCCCGAAAUUAACUUUACAAUAGGUGGUAAGAAGUUCGCUCUCACUGGUAAAGACUACAUUCUUAAAAUCACGCAGCUUGGUCAAACAGUGUGCAUGAGUGGCUUCAUGGGUAUGGAUAUUCCUCCGCCGAACGGACCGUUAUGGAUUCUGGGUGACGUGUUUAUCGGCCGUUACUAUACAGAGUUCGAUAUGGAGAAUGACCGAAUAGGAUUUGCUGUGGCGAAGUAAAGUGAUUUUGUUCCAAAAGUUUGCAGUUCAAAAGACAUCAAAAUAUGAAAGUCUCGAAAUUAAAAAUCAAGUAAAAUUAAUUCAGCAUAGUGACCAAAUAUAUACUUAUUGCCUUGUAAUUCUUACGAACAUCUCAGAAUUACAUUGCUGAACAUAAUUUUGUGAUAAUGUAGAAAAAUAAAACGAAAAUCUGUAUUGUUUCGAUA